AUGACCGUAGAAUCAAUCGUCACAGAUCCCUCCCUGAGGAUGGCGCUGGAAACCUCGAAACAGGCGCGUGAGCAAGCAAUCGCUCUCCUUGAUCUCUCAUCCGGCUAUUCCUCCACAAACGAGCCAUCGCGAGAAAUUCAACUCCAGAUAUCCAAACAGCAAAAGAUAUUACUCGCGUAUCUUGCGCAACUACGAGGAUCACAUCGGGAUGCGCAUGUUGGAGCGAGAGAAACAAAGGCUUUGACGGCCGAGGCGCGACAGGAGGUCGAUCGACUACAUCUUCAACUUCAGAACUUGUAUUACGAGCAACGAUAUCUUCAAGGCGAAAUUUCUGCUUGCGAAUCAUAUGAGUAUGUCUUACUUUUCUCUGGCCCAUUUACGUGAAAUUGUACUUACCGUUUUACUAGUCACAAAUAUCUCCAACUGCCGCUUAUUCCCGUGGAACAAUUCCUAGCCGAACACCCCGAACAUAGCGACGCUGAUGAAGUCGCCCUGACAAUUGCAAGGAUCGAUCACGAACAUGCGAUAAGAUUGGCGUUGGAGGAGCAGAGACAAGGGCUGUUGAAGAAGAAGCAGGGGCUUAUUGCGGAUAACAAGAAGAGAAAGGAUGAUCUGGCGAACUUGGACAAGGAUUUGGAGAAGUUUAUUGACGUAGGAUUCUCUUCUUUCAUGAGUGUUAGGUGUGUAGAAUACUAAUUGGGAACAGGCUGCGAAACCGAUUCAGAAAACUUUCGAGAAGGUGGUUUGA